AUGGUAGUUGGCGGUCCAAACGGCGCCAAGGGUCGUCGAGAACACUUUGGUCGGCAAAGCAGUGAACCCACUACGACCGAUACAACACACAAAGGAGGGCAGUGGCGACCAAGUCUACGAGACCCAGGUGAUGUUCACCUAUGGGACCACGAGGCUGUCGUUUGCUUCCUCAACGACUUCGGCAAGAAGCAUCUGGGCGAGAAAGCUACGUGGACUUCAGUGGCAGUGACCCGGAACGUGUCGUGUGACACACACCGGGACUCCAACAACCUACGAGGAGAGAACGCCGCCAACAGCAGCGCCCUUGUGUGGCGGAAAGACCGGCCCGGAAACUGGGUUCUUGGGAAGUUUCACUCUACCAAGGAGAAGCCGUUGUCCUUUGAUCCUUUCCUGUGCCAUUCUACUGGAGCUUGGGAUGGAGAUCGCUGGUGCCUCACCUACCACACCGUGCGAGGCAUCAAAGAGGUUGGUGGCGAGAUCAAGAAGUACCUGAGAGGGUGCGGUCUCCCACUGCCAAGAACCCCGCGAGAGACGAGAGGCCCGAGGCCAAAGCCAGCGAAAAGCGAACGGAAGAACAUCAUGAACGCGGCUGGGAAGUUGAGCGUGCUCAUGGCCAGGUUCCUGGCCGCCGCGGGCACCUUCCUGAAUGAGGCCCAGGACCCCGUCCCCGAGCACGACCCGAUUGUGAUGAUGGAGAUCGGCGGCUACGAGGGCACGAUCGAGGCGACCGAGCUGAACAAGGCGGUGAUCGAGCCCAUCCUCUGGCCAGAUAAUGAGAAGCCUGACGUGCAGGAGAAUGCGUGCCACUUCGUGAAGGGAGCCAGUCCAAAGGAGUUGAGGGUGCACCUCGACGAGAUGCCGGCGAAGGUCGAGGCAGCGGUCAAGGGUUUGGUGCGAGACCAACUCCGAGAAGGCGAUGUCGUGCUACGUGGACGUGAUCUUCAGGCGUGGGUCGGUGAGCACACCGACUUCAUCAAGUAUAAGUCCAACGGCUGGUUGGUGCUGGGGAGGACCAAGAAAGACAGCGUGACCCUACAGGGGACCGAGAGGCCCUACGAAGUGUGUAUGGACGGGCCUGAUGGGGCCGAGCGACCGGAGACGAAGUACGAUGGUUCCGGAAUCACCUUUGAGAAGACAGUGUCCAACAUCGUCAGAGCAUCGUUGCGACGACUACACAAGAACCUCGGGCACCCUAGGGCCGAGGACCUCUGCCGCGACAAAGCACGCACAGAUAGCGAGGCCAACUACGCUGCCUAG